ACCACCACCACCACCACCACCACCACCACCACCAUGCCGCGCCCCAAGAAGGCUGAUCUCGCCGCAAAGGCCGCCGCCGCCGCGCAGCCGCCCGCGCCCGUGGUCCCCGCGAUGGCCCCCAGCCCGUACUCUGCUCCUCCACCCAUGCCUCAGCAGCCGCUCCAGCCUUAUGGCGCCCAGUUCCCGCCAGCCACCCCCCAGUUUGGCGGCCCCCCUCCCAUUCCUGUUGCGCCUCGCACCGUCGAUGUCGAGCAGUUCGUCCGCGUCCGCGAUAGUGUCCACGUGCGCUUCAACACCAUCCUUGGUCUUAUGAAGAGCUUCUCGGAUGACUUUCUGCGCCAGACCAACCUCCUCCUUGGCGAGCCCACGCAGUUUGACUCGUCCAGCGGCAAUGCCAUGUCUGCCAUGGUCGCCAACCUGGAUGGUAUCAGCAACCAGCUCAACGACCUGGUUGGCGCUCCCUCGGAGGAGAAGAAGGAGCGCAAGAAGCGCACCCACGACCCUAACGCGCCCAAGCGGCCUCUGACGCCGUACUUCCUGUACAUGCAGACCGCCCGUCCCAUCAUCGCCAAGGACCUUGGCGAGGAGGCCCCCAAGGGUGCUGUCCAAGAGGAGGGCCAGCGUCGCUGGGCUGCCAUGUCUCCCAACGACAAAGUCGCCUGGAACAACGCUUACCAGUUCAACCUCCGCCUGUACAAUGCUCGUGUCCACUCGUACAAGCACGGCAACCCUGCUGCCCGGGAGAUGACUGACCAGGAAGCGCACCUCUACGCUGACAACAACGACAUUGCUCAGCCUACUUUGACCAGCGAGGACACGGCUCUGCCCGCCAGUGAGCAGGACGCUGUCAACGAGCAGCUCGGCCUUGCCGCCGUCCCUGCCCCCUCUGUUCCUACCCCUGCUUCGCCCGAAGAGACCAAGACCCCCAAGCCCAAGGCUGGAGGUCGCAAGAGGAAGAGCGCUGCUGCCGAUAUCGCUGCUGAGGAGGGCGAGGCGAGCGCGGCUAAGGUCUCGACGCCCGCCAACCCUGAGAAGAAGCGUAAGAGGCAAUCCAAGGUUGCCGAGACUCCCGUGGAGGAGCCCAAGAAGUCUGCUCGCAAGAAGAAGAGCACAUAAGCUUGUUGUCGCACGAUUGUCUUUGCUUCUUUAUGUUGAAGAUACCUCUUCGUUCUCGAUGCUCACCGCAGCGUUUAUGGUGUUGGAACUCUCAAGAUAUUGAGAAGGAAAAUGGUGUUUCACGGGGGCACUAUCGGGAAUGCCGUGGCGUUUGCACAUUUGUAUGACUUACGAAUCUUCUUUUGCACCAUGUCCUGGUUGUCAGGCCUCGGUUGGGUGGUGGAAUAGGUUGGAGCACCUGGGAAAGCGAUGACGCUUAAAGUUCGCCUUGUAUUUAUUCCGGAAUGAACGAAGAUAUCAACACAGUUUUUCAGCAGACGAGCCUUGGUGUGGUGAAAUGACCUGCACGAUCUGGACUGCACAAUCCAUGAGCUCUGCGGGAAACACAUUCAAUGUUGC